GCAAAGUAUUUGGCAUAUUAUUUUCGCGCUAGUAGUGAAAAUGGCGGUUGUAGCGACAGCGCAAGCGUUGCUGAAGGAAGGGGUCGCCAAACUUGUGCAACUGAGUGGCUUCAGCGAGACUCAGCUUGUACAGCUGGCAGUGGUCGCUGUGAUUGCGCUAGGCCUGGUGCUGCUUCUAAACAAUGUGGUGGCGACGCUGCGCAUUCCCUCCAUCAAGGUGGAGCUGACCGAGGCUGAGGCAAAUGACAUCAUCAGCGCGCCCAAGUACACGCCGGGUCAGCCGGUGGACAAGGAUGUGGUGCCGUGCUACGAUCCCAGCACAAUGCAGCUGCUCGGCCACCUUCCCGCCAUGUCCGCUUCCGAGGUCCGCAGCCGCAUCGCCCGCUGCAAGGCGGCUCAGAAGGAGUGGCGCACGUCCAGCUUCGCGCAGCGCCGCAAGCUGCUGCGCAUCCUGCUCAAAUUCAUCAUCGAGAACGUGGAGACCAUCUGCCGCGUGUCGGCUCGCGACAGCGGCAAGCCCAUGCUGGACGCCAUCCUGGGCGAGGUGGUGGUCACGUGCGAGAAGAUCCACUGGCUGUCGCGCGAGGGCGAGGCAGUGCUGAGGCCGGAGCGCCGCUCGGCGGGCAUCCUGAGCUUCUACAAGUCGGCGCGUGUGGAGUUCCACCCCGUGGGCGUGGUCGGCGCCAUCGUGCCCUGGAACUACCCCUUCCACAACGUGCUCAACCCGCUGACUGCCGCGCUGUUCGCGGGCGACGGCCUGGUGAUCAAGGUGUCGGAGCACGCCUCCUGGUCCACCGGCUAUUACGGCCGCAUGAUCUCCGCCGCACUGGCCGCCGCGGGGGCGCCAGCGGACCUGGUGCAGAUCGUGACUGGCUACGGCGAGGCGGGUAGCGCGCUGGUGACGGGCGGUGUGGACAAGGUCAUCUUCGUGGGCUCAACACAGGUGGGCAAGAUGGUGAUGCGCGCCGCCGCCGACACGCUGACGCCGGUGGUGCUGGAGCUGGGCGGCAAGGACGCCGUCAUUGUGACGGAGGACGCGGACCUGGACAACCUGGUACAGGUGGUACUCAAGGCCGCGUUCCUCAACUGUGGCCAGAACUGCGCCGGCGGCGAGCGCUUCUUCGUGCACGAGAAGAUCUACGACAAGUUCCUGGAGCGUUUGACCCCUCUGGUGGCGGGUCUGCGGCAGGGCAACCCGCUGGGCGAUGCGCCCGUGGACUGCGGAGCCAUGUGCAUGCCAGGCCUGGCGGAAAAGGUGCACGGGCUGGUGACCGAGGCGGUGUCCCGCGGGGCGCGGCUGCUGGCGGGCGGCGUGCUGGUGCCUUCGGGCGAGCGCGGCGGCCAGUUCUACCCGCCCACACUGCUGGCGGACGUGAGGCCCGGCAUGAAGAUCUGGGAGGAGGAGGUGUUCGGGCCGGUCAUGUCUGUGAUCAAGUGGUCCACCGAUGACGAGGUGGUGGCGCUCGCCAACGACUGCGACUUCGGCCUGGGCUCCAACGUCUUUGCCGGCAGCCAGGCGCGCGCGCGGUCCAUUGCCAGCCGCCUGGAGGCGGGCAUGAGCUCCAUCAACGACUUCGCCACCACCUACAUGUGCCAGUCGCUGCCCUUCGGCGGCGUCAAGCACAGCGGCUUCGACCGCUUCGCGGGCGUGGAGGGCCUGCGCGGCCUGUGUGUGCCCAAGGCGGUGGCUGAGGACCGCUUCCCGCUGCUCAUGCGCUCCUCCAUCCCGCCCGCCUGGCAGCUGCCGCUGCCGCCUCACGCCGUGGCGUUCGGGGUGUCGCUGGUGACCAUGUUCUACGGCCCCGGCCUGUUGUACCAGGCCCGCGGACUGGCCUCGCUGCUGCACUGCCUGGUGUUCCCCGGCGCAUACGCCAAGAAGAAGCAGGGCCAGCAGCAGGCAGCCCGUGCCGGCAAGGCCAAGUCCACGUGAGCACGCAGGCGCGUGAGAGGAGGGGAAGCAUAGGACAAGGAGGAGCAGGAAGGAGGAUGAGGAGGAGAAAAGGAGGCGCGGGACAAGGAGGAGGAGGAUGAGAAGCGGCGAAGGAGAUGGAGGCAGUGCAGUACGGCGAGUGCUGUAUGGGUGAGGGCGAAGAAGGGCGAGGAGGCGCGCGCGUAACGGACAUGAGGUCAUGGGGUUUUGUGUGGGCUCGGGCAAUCUGGUGGCGGGAGCGGUGCGGUCUGAUGCGGUGCCGCCGCACCCCUGAUGGUUUGAUUGCGCCCUGUGAGCCGCGGGAGUACCGUGGCGGGUUUUAGGGGCGGGGCAUGGGCUGCGGCGAUUGGGCGCGCGUCGGCAGUAGCGAGGGGGCCUGCGGUCUGGUGGGCACUUGCAGGACUGUGAGGCAGAUGGAGCUGUGAAAGGUGUUCACGGGAACAAACCCAAUUUUGCCGCGAUCGGGACUCGGGAAGCGCAGGAUGACCGGACCAUGUGGCCGAAAGCAGGUGCUGGGUAAUGUAAAAGGUUGACAUUGGUUGUUGCGGCUGCGGAGGCUGCAGUUGACAGCUUCUGCGAGGACGGAGGUGAUAGAGCCUGUGCUGGCACACUUGGGGCGAAGUAGGGAAGCAAUUACAGACGCCAUGCCGCUCGGGUGCUGAGCGCAAGCUGAGAACUGUAAGGUGUGCCAUGUCACUGACGAGUCAACCUCGUCCGCGGGUCAGCUCUUGUGACGCGGGAGGUCGUAUUCUUCAAAAAUCCGCUAAGUUGCCCUGUCUCAAGUAGAAAGGUAGGACCAGCGUCCAUACACUAUCAUGAUUGCUGGUGUGCUAGACUGCUGGUGUGCUGUUGUCACAAGGUAAUGACCACAUGUUGCCAGACCCGUGCGUGUGCUUGGGGAGCGGUAAUGGCAUUGA